AUGUCAUCUCCUAAACGUCUCAACUGGAGUGGCCCUCCACUAUGUGAAUGUUCAUUUGAUACGUGGUUUCCGAAGCCAAAUAUUCCUUCCGGGCCUUCAGACUAUAAAAGAUACCUCAAAGCGUGUGAGUACAUUUCUAUGCGUCCAAUAUACCAGGAUCCUAAAAUUGUUAACCUAGCAGAACGGCUCUUCGACCCCAACAAUGUGGAAUGGCCACAACGAGUGUUUAGAGUUGCGGACAAAAAUGGGAGCAGGCUGUACGAGGCAUACUGUCAAAAACGAAAGGAAAUUGGAUACAGUAAGCUAAUAGGAAAGCAAAAAAAUGCCACAGCUGAUAGUGCGCUUAAAUUGGAAUGGAAACAAAGAGCCCUGGCGCUGAAAGAGGAGCAGGAUGACCAAAUCAACAGGGGCUACUUGGUGGUUUUGAGGCAUCCAACUGCCGAUUCCAACAAUGAAGGCGUCACCAUUCUACGACCAUCGUCUCUCGGACUAUUAUCACGAAUCCCAGAAGGAAAUAUUACGAAUUAUCUUCAGUAUAGGAGAGCUGCGGACUACUGUAGACAGCGUUCGAUUUAUCAGGACCAAAAGAUUGAUCUAUUCUCAAAAAACAAGCCUCGCCUGUUCGACACCUCCAGUGUAGAGUACCCGCAGCGUGUGAUCACGGCCACAGACCGAACGGGAUACACCUUGUUCCUGGCCUACCGAGAAAAAGUUGGGAGAAAAGAUAUAUCGAAAUAUCGGUAUGUGAACGAGUGGAGGGAUGCCGAAAAAGGAAGCGAGCUCCGGAAGGAAUGGAAGGCGAGAGCUGACGAGUUAGUGAAGGAGCAAAGAGGGCAGGUCGCAAGAGGAAUGAUAGUAACGAAAAAGAAGAUGGGGACGUGCUGA